UCCUCAGUAUAUUCAAUUGACAAAAUGUCCAUAACAAAUUCAUUUUUUGCUACUGUUUUUCUAUUUGUUACAUUCAUAACAAGCUCUAUAGCCCAGAAUAGUACGUCUCAAUGUGUCCCUUCUUCCUGUGGCGAUAUUCGCGAUAUAAAAUUCCCCUUCCGAUUGAGGUCUGAUCCCAAGCAUUGUGGUAAGGCCGGAUAUGAACUCGAUUGCCAGAACAAUGAAACCAUUUUCCAUUACAAGUCGCGAAAAUUCUACGUACAGGAAAUUAACUAUACGAACUUCUCAAUUAGGCUACUUGAUCCCAGCCUAAAAAAUCAGACCGAAAAUUGCUCUGUUUUCCCAGAACACAGGGCAAGUUACGAUGCCAUGACUAGCCUAAUCUUCGGAUGGCUUAGUGUUGACAACGAUAUCAACUAUGUCAACUGUCGUGGUCCAAUCAACUCGUCACGAUACAUUCCUACAAGUUUUUGUAGCACAAAUACAACUGCUACCAAUUCUAGUUUUAGCUAUUUUGUCGUAGGUGAAAUAUUGCAAGCUUCAGAUUUAGCAGGCGGUUGCAGAGUUGAAACUGUGGCAUGGUCAUCAGCUCCGGGGAUUUCACCUAACAUAUCGUCUUCGUUAUCCAGCAUUCAUCAGGCCCUGGGUUACGGAUUUGAGCUCUCUUGGAGGCGUGAUUUCUUAUGCAGAGAGUGUGGGAGAGAUGACGAAUGUGUUUUCGAAGACAAUAGUGAUGUAGCAACUUGUAUUCAUUAUUGUAAAGAGGACACUCCUGUUUCUGAACGUACUUUCGGAUGCAAAGUCGAGUACUAUUCUGUUUUUGUAUUUGUGUAUGGCGGUAUAGCAAUUGUUGCACUCAUGCUUGUGGGAAUCGCAAUCUUGAUUGCAGUUGUGGUGUGGCAGUGUAAAAGGCGGAAUUUGAACACAUCGAACCAUGAUGUGUUGGGGAAUAAAGCUUCUUCCAGUGAACAGAAUUGUUAGAAUUCUUUGAUAAUUCU